AAAAUGCACGUUUCAAAAAUAAACAAAACAAUUUUUAAAGAGUUUUAGCUAAAAAACACUAAAAAUGACGGAAAUUUGGAACAACAAGCAACUUGUGGGACCUCCCUUUGUUACUGUAGCUACAAAAAUUAAAAAAUCAGAUUUGAGACUUUUAGCCAAGACAAUGCAUCGUCUUUUAACUCAUUUUGAGGACAGUGAAUAUUUUGACACCGCAGCUGCCUUUCUUUCGCGCAUUAUUUGCAUCAAUUGUGCCCAAUUUCGUCGCAUGGAGCUAUUACGACACAUGAAACAAACGAAUCAAGCGCUUUUGAGACUGAAAAACUUCCCAAUCGUUCAAUUUUUGGAAGAUUUCAAGGCUUAUAUCCCCUCGGAAAUUGCUGAAAGUCAAAAAAUUCACCUUCCAACGAGACAAUAUUUGGAAUUUCUCUUGGUCCGACUUCAGGGCGUCGCAAGACUUUUGUGUCGCGUGAUAAUUUGUGCACAAAAAACCGGCAGAAAUUGUCUCCAACUCGUGUCAAUCGGAAAUUUCUUCGCUAAAAAUGCGAUUUUUUUGUCUAUCAUUGGGCAAGUAGUUGCUGCAGCAAAAAAUCGACUCGAAAUCAUCAUCCAAAGCUAUGAUAAUCUCGUGAAAUUGAGAGAAAUUCUGAAAAAUGGCAAAUUCGAGUGGCUUCCUGUGAAUUACGAGCUGCCGCAUGACUUGAAAGAAUGGUUGGGCGACAAUUAUCCGCAUGAACCCGCGAAAGAUGAGAAAACUUUGGAAUCUUUGAGUGUUUUGGAGAACUUGAUAUCCAUGGGAGAUGACGAUGAACCACCGGAAGAUACGGAAAUUGAUGAAAAUCUCAAAAUGGCCUUUGAGGAAGUGGUUAAAGAUGAACCUGAUGACUUUGGAAGCGAUUUUAUCAAGUUCAGUACGGAAAGUGAAGCCGUUGGAGAAGUUGUUGCGAGGGAAGAAACGCUUGAGGAUCGUCUUUUGUCAAUAAAAACUGCUUCGGAUAUUCAAAAUUUCAUAAAAAAUGAGGAAAAUGCGAGGAUGAGACGUGAUACGAACUCGUUUUUAGCUAAAAUUUCGAAGAAAGAAUUCGCCAAAUUCAAACACGAGUCAAAUCGUCUCAUGAAAGCGUUUUCAGGGAAGUCCUUGGUGAAGAAAUUCAAACAAGAGAUUAAUAAAUUUGUAAAGUAGACUA